AAUUCACUUGCCCUACCUUUUUGGAUUUUAUUUCAAGAUGGGAUGGACGACAAUCUUUUUUUCCAACUACCUACAGAACAAAGCGCUCCAAGCAAUGUAUUCCUGCACAGACAAGACAUAAAAGGGGGAAGAGAGGUAUUGAGAGAAAGAGUGGCACUAGGGAGGAAGACCCCCCACCCUUCUCCACGCAUCUUCUCCCUCUAAACACACGCAUCAAUUUCUACAAGUAUCUUGAAAAAAUCCCAGUUUUCUGUGCUUUGAAUUAUCCCUAAAUUAUUGGUUUUGGGACAUAACUUUGGGAUAAUUGAUUCAGUAUGAUGGAGGGAGAGGUGGUCGGAACGUCGUCGCCGUUGUCCGCGGCCGCCAAGGUCGCUGCUUUGAGAUGUGGGGUUGAGGGUGGAAAUGGGGUCAAGGGCAGUGUUGAAAAUUGUUCGAAAUCGGUUAAAUUCGCGCUGACGUUUUGGGAAAUUACUGUCGCCAGCAGCAUCGUUCUGGGCUUCGCAUUCGGGUUGGUAGGCGUAUAUUUCACCAUGCCAGCUUCUGAUUACAGCUUUCUCAAGCUUCCUCGGACUCUUGAAGACAUCCAAUUGUUAAGGGAUCAACUGGAGAGCUAUACAAGUGACUAUACUAUGCAGGUCCUAUUUGGCUACUGUGUGGUGUACAUUUUUAUGCAGACAUUUAUGAUCCCUGGCACUAUUUUCAUGUCUUUACUUGCUGGGGCACUCUUUGGAGUCUUUAAAGGUGUAUCUCUAGUUGUGUUUGCUGCCACUUCUGGUGCUUCAUCUUGCUUUUUCCUAUCCAAACUAAUUGGUCGACCCCUGGUUUUCUCUCUCUGGCCUGAUAAGCUGACAUUCUUUCAGAACCAGGUGGCGAGGAGGAGAAAACGGCUGCUGAACUAUAUGCUUUUCCUUAGAGUUACACCAACACUGCCUAACACAUUUAUUAACGUUGCUUCUCCCAUUGUCGAUGUGCCUUACCAUAUUUUCCUCCUGGCUACAUUUAUUGGCCUUAUUCCUGCUGCUUAUGUUACUGUUCGGGCUGGAAUUGCUCUUAGUGAGUUGCAAUCUUUGGGCGACUUAUACGAUUUCAACUCCAUAGCCACACUGUUUCUUAUAGGAGCAGUGAGCAUCACCCCCACAUUAAUAGGCAGCAAAAACAAAGCAUAAUAGUGUCCCUUCUAUAAUAAUUCCAUCCAAGCAUACCGUGUGCGGCUUCAUCUCUGUACAGAUCACCAUUUGAACGGAUGUAAUUGUUCAUUUGGCUUUUAGAAGUCGGUAGAUUGGUGUACUGAUAAAAACUCGAACCUGGAUGGGUCUGUACAUGAAUUUAAGGGUUGAGUAUAUCCAUAUGAUUCUUUAUGAAGCUGAAACUGCGCUCCAAAUGUUGUAUAUUUGAUUAUCAUCAUCGUUAAAAGAAGAGAUUAUCAUCCACAUUCAUGUUUAUUUAUAAAAAUACAAAUAUAUGGCGUUGUACAUUGGGGAGGACCCGUAAAAACGGCGUUGGUAAUGCUUCUUUGUAGUUUGUAUUCAUUGUUGUGGUAACGACUCUAUUUGCUAUGGUGAUGGUGGAGGGUGGUGGUAAUGGUGGCGGUCUGGCGGACAACCAAUGACGACGCUCGACAAAGGUUGGGGGUAGUCAAUGUGGCAAGUCGACAACAGCAUUGGAAGAUUCAAAUGGCAGUGACCAAAACCGAUAAUGGUAGUGAAUGUUUGGAGUAUUUUGGGUAACGGGUUAGAAUUUUUUGGGACAAACCGGUGGAUAAAAAUAGAAAGUAGCCACCAUAAAUCUUUUUGCAUAGUUGCAAUGCACAAACGAUCAUAGAUGUAAUGGCCCUGGUUUCCGCCAUCGGCACCGCAACCGAUCAUAGUUGUAAUAGCCCCAGUUUUAGGGGUGAACUGUGACGGUAUGGCAGGGCUACAUUUAGCACAAGUACAACUCAGGACUAAUAUUUGUUUUGGUAGAAGGUCAAUGUCCUGAGCUAGAUUUUGGGCUGUGCUAACUGUAAAAAAGUAAACAUGUUUGUAAAAGAUUAUGAAAUGGUGGCUUGAAAAAUGUUAAAUUGCAUUAAGAAGAUCAAAUUUUAA